CUCAGAUCAGUGGUUUCCAAUGGCAACUGGUGAUAAUACCAUCAACCACUCUUACGAAAAAGAGCGCGAAAAGCAUUUUGAGGAAAACGAGAGACGAUUUAAGGCUUGGGGUGUUGCAAAGAAGGCUCGGAGUCGGAGUCUGAUUGCUAAAAAGAAUUCUGCUGUGGUGUUUGUUAACGACCGUCCUCAGAAUUUUUUUUUGAAAUCAGCAACAUCGUCUAAAAGACCCAGGCAACUGUACCAGAAAGUUGCUACCAAUGAAGAACGUGCCGAAACAUUGAAGCAGGCCAUGAGUUUACAACGUUGUUUGGAGUCAGCUGGACACCAUUGUUUUAUUAAGUCGAUGAGGCGAUCUCAUGUCUACCAAGGAUUUUGGCUGAAUGUUCCAUCCGAAUUCUGCAACAAAUACUUAGACAAGAAAACAUUCAAUAUUUGGUUGGAGAACGCAGAAGGUAAAGAGUAUGAAACGAAUUUCAUUGGUACAAGCUACGGUCUCAGCGGAGGCUGGGGAACGUUUGCCUUGGCUCAUAAGUUGCACGAUGGUGAUGCCCUUGUGUUUCAACUCAUUGAUAAAAUAAGAUUUAAGGUACACAUAUUCAGAGGGUCUAACGACGCAGGCGAAGGAAAUGCCGAGAACCUGAAGACAGAUAGAGAAAUAAUAUCUGACAAAGAAGAUGUUGAACUAGGUAACUCAAGCAAAUAUGAAGAUUGCGAUAGUGAUGUUGUUGCAGACAACAGUAAGGAAGAGAAAGCAACAAAUCCUGCCAGAAAAACCAAGGGUUCUACAUCGCGAAGGCUUCAACCAGGUAGAUCCUCAAAACAACUUGCUCAACCAAUAAUACAUGCAGAAGUUUCAAAGAAACGUCAAAGAGAAGUAGCUGAACGGAAAAAACCUGUUCAAAAAAGGAAAAUGAAGGAAAAAUUGCUUACGAAAAAGCCAUUUGACAUAUCGCAGGUUACUUAUUUUAGGCAAAUCAUAAAGAACCUUUAUAAAAAGGUCCCAUUAGUAACAAAUACAUAA